CUCCCGUCCGUGUGCGCAGUACAAUUCACAACACGUCGUUUGAAGUGGUCACAUAUAAGAAAUUCUCUGUCCGUUUUUCGUGAUCAAGGUGGACGAUAGCCGAUUGCGAUCUCACAUGAACUGUUUCUUAAGAUGAGACUUCUUUUACUAUUAGGACUCCUAGUUGUGGCAUGUCCACCAGUGAAGUCUAGUGCCACACUACAAUUCAAGCUUCACUCUUUUAGUAACCCAGACCACAGAGAGCUGGAUGGAGACUGUUGCGAUGAUAUCUGGCUUGGAUGCGAUGACUUCUGUGAUAAUAGGUUCAUUGUAUGUCUCGAUGAGGACUCGUCGUCUGGAUCCGAUUUUAACCAGUGUGACAUCGCUGACGAGUCAACGGGAACGUUCCAAGAUGACGACAGCAUAACCUUCCCUGGCACUAUUCCAGCAGGAAUAGCCAACCCAAUUAGCAGGCAAAUGGAUAGCUGGCCCGGUGGAAUGAGGGUCAAAGUUCAAGUUUGGGAUGUAGACGGCAACAAUGACGACAAAGUAGAUGAGGAUUACCGAACUAUCGACCAAUCAGCAUCCAGAACGUUGUCCAGUGCAACUUGGCAGACGUACACGCUUGGGCAGCAGUCUGUAUUUACUUUUAAAGUGAGGGUGUUUUGCAACCUCAACUACUAUUCGUCGGAAUGUAGCGUGUACUGCUACCCUACGGACAACCAGAACGGUCAUUACCGAUGCGACCCCGGUACGGGUGCGAAGUUAUGCUACAGUGGAUGGGAAGGUACCAACUGUAACCUAGAUUUAGACGAGUGCCAGUCCUCUCCGUGUGCUAACGGUGCCAUGUGUACGAAUCUUCAAAAUAGAUACGAAUGUACAUGUACUGACGGAUGGACAGGAACACACUGCGAUGAGAAUAUUGACGACUGUGUUUCAGAUCCCUGCAAAAAUGGCGGCACGUGCCUCGACCACGUGGCGUAUUUUACUUGUUCAUGUCCCACCGGUCACGUGUACGCCGACGAGUUUUGCGAGUAUGACGACUGCGCAGGACAGCCUUGUCACGAUGGCGCAACUUGCAUUGAUCUCAUCGACACCUUCCAAUGCACUUGCCCGUUGGGCUACUUUGGUGAUUUGUGUGAGCUUGACAUAGACUAUUGCAUCAACAAAACGUGUCAGAACAACGGCACGUGCGUCGAUCGAAUAGACGGGUUUCACUGUCUGUGUCAGACGGGCUUUAAUGGUACCUUUUGCGAGACGGAGAUAGAUGAGUGUGCCAGUCAGCCAUGUAUGCACAACUCAACGUGUCAAGACCUCAUUGGAAAUUACAACUGCACAUGCCAGAGCGGGUACCAGGGAGACAACUGCGAAGCCGAGACCGAUGAGUGUCUUAGUUCCCCGUGUAUGAAUAACGCAACGUGCUUUGAUGAGUUCGACGGGUACCAGUGCCUAUGUAUAGAUGGAUUUGAAGGUGCCCAUUGCGAGACCGACACAGACGAAUGUGUCUCGAGUCCUUGCUAUUCCAACGAGACGUGUAUGGAUGAAAUCAAUGGCUAUAGAUGUCUCAGAGUAAACCAGUGCGAUUACACACCAUGUCAGAACAACGCAUCAUGUGUCGACGACUAUCCGGGGUUUAUUUGCGUGUGUAUGUCGGGCUACGGGGGCAAGACUUGCGACGAAGACACAGACGAGUGCGAAAGCUCGCCUUGCUUGCACGGCACCUGUGUCGACCAUCUGAACGGAUACUCCUGCCUAUGUUCCCCGGGGUUCGCUGGGAAGAUGUGUCGCAGCGAGACCAAUGAGUGUCUCAGUUCUCCGUGUGAUAACGGUGUCUGUGAUGACCAAAUAGACGGUUUUGUGUGUAACUGCACAGCUGGAUACACGGGUGUACUUUGCGAGAAUGACAUAGAUGAGUGUGCGAGUUCACCGUGUGAACAGGGGCGAUGUGUGGACGGCAUCAACGAGUACAUAUGCGAAUGCAUUGUAUCUUGUGUUAACGGGCAUUGUUAUGAUGGAGUGUGCUUCUGUGACCCUGGGUACGAGGGUGACAACUGCACCGUGGAAACUGAUUUUUGCCGUAGCUCCCCUUGCUCACAAGGAACGUGUAUCCCUUUAUUGAACUCAUACAGGUGUGAAUGCGACUCAGUGUUUACCGGUAAAAACUGCGAAAGCGUGGUCGACGACCCGUGUUUCUUUUCACCGUGUGAUCAAGGCACGUGCAACGAAAAAUCAGUUCCGAGUGGCAUCACCUUUGAGUGCACAUGCGAUCCUGGCUUCGCUGGGAAACAUUGUGACGCAGAUAUGAAACUGAACGGUGCUUCCAUAAUGAUAAAAGGUAGACUGGACAACAAGUCAGAAUUCCAACUGAGAAUGGCCGUCUUGUUGCAGAGACUAAUGCCAUCUACACUACGCCAUGUCCGUGAUACUGAUGGUGAUACUGUUCACGUGGAAGUUGUUAUGACAGAGGACUAUGUCGGGUCUACCAACGGUGGUGCUCUGACAAAAGUCACUUUCAUCGCGUGGACAGAGUCUGGCUAUCUCACCAAAGAUUACAUACACGCCUUGCUCGGAAAUGCCCCGACGAAGGAUGCAGACCUUGGGUAUUCAGUUUUCAAUGGAGAAUCUGAACCGCUCAAUGGCAUGAAUCCAGAGACGAAGUCGAAUUGGUAUGUGUUUCUGAUAGUUGCCGCUGUUAUUGGAAUAGUCGUCGUCGGUGGAUUCAUUGCAUGGCGCAGAGGACACACCACCAGUUUUGGAAAAAAUCCUUUUAGGACACCACGCCAGUCGGCCGGUCUACCAAGCCUUAAUCCGCCAGAUGCAAUGUACAGCACACGCAUCAACGACUUCACUACUCUAACAGCAGACACAGCAUCGUACCCACACAUGACAGCGUCGAUCAACCCCGCAUACAUACCGAGCUGCUUCGACAAACAGCAGCCCGAUGAGGGUUACGGUGGUGACAGGGGCGAGGCUAGCACCGAACCCGAGUUUUGUCUUGGUGCCACGGGGGGCGAGGCACGGGCGAGUAACAUCUAUGACGAGAUCCCCGCAUUGUCAGGAGAGGCUUCGGGCGUCGAAAAUCCGUAUUUAUUCGUGAACUAAAUUACCAUGCAACUAGCUUGAUAAUAGAACUUAAGAUAAAUGGGGGUAAAUUUCUACAUCCAUGCUUACGACUAUUUAUGACGAGUAACUCAUGCAGCUUGAUAUUACAUACACAACAUAAGAUAGUCCUAACUUAUUACACAAACACUUUUUAGACAUUAUACAAAAAUUAAAGGGAGUUCUAAGUUAGUAACUCAUGCAGCUCGAUAAUUAGAUAAGGGGAGUCGAUUUCAUAACGAUAGUAUUAACUUUAGGACUAGUUCUAGAACGAUUUAGGAAUUAUAUAAAACUUAAGGCUAGUCCUAAGUUAGGACGAGACUCGUCCUGUAACUCGAGACGAGUCCAGUCUUAACUCUUUGUGAAACCCACCCCUGUUACAGAAACACUUAAUGAUGUGUGCAUUUUGUACAGAAACGUGCAUAUCACAAUAAACUUGUAGUUAUGUUUAAGUACAACACGAUUAUAACUCUACUGCCACCGAUCCAUCGUCAGUGUACAAAAGGGUUUGAGAUAACAAAAUCCUGAAAUAUUUGAUAGUUUAAUAAUUUGUGCCCAAUGAAAGUAAAACGGCCACAAAACUGGCAAUGACUUGGUGAAUGAUUUCUGAUAUCUAGAUGUCAAGUGGGAACACUUUUUUAACACUGUCUCAAAAUUUCAUAUUUUUAGGGUGAAGGACUUAAACAGUAUCCGAUCUUUGUACUGUCUGCCUAUGAACGUUAUCGUUAACGGGAACGAUAACAACUCAGGUAGGCUUACAAAUCUCUGCGUUGCGUAUACACCUAGAACAGCUCUUUCACGCCCCGACCGACCGAUUGUGCUGAAUGUGACCUAUGUUUACAUUCAAACCGCCCUCUGUUGAAAAAAAAACACUGUAUACGUCAUGUGUCGCCGGGCAAAAAGACGCGUGGUCAUGGUAAGAUUGCAUACACUUUCUAGCUGGCUGCCGAAACACCAAGGUUUUGCCCGACGGUAUGCGCGCGAAUCAUGUUCUGGUUUUCGAGUGAUGUCAGAGGUCACAUCGUCUGUACAAUGUCACAGUUAUUAAUUGUAAGAUUCAUAUACUUUGGUAAAACGGAAGGUGUACGUUUGGCAAUCACUUUUAAAAUUCAUGGCAAAACAACUCGGUAAGACAUACAGUAAAGCUAUCGGUAGUAUGAACCAUUUCAUUUCAGUGUAAAGAAAAUUGAGAAUUUUUUUCUGCCAGAUUGUGAAUUCCAAUUUCCGAUUAUUCUUCUUGCAUAUAACCACAACGGUUUUUUUGUCGAUAUCUCAGUGACGCUACCAUAUUUUGAUAUUAACUUAGAUUUCACAGGAUAGUAUUAUUGUGUUAUGGGUAAAUUUAUAUAGGAUUGAAAUCAUCGAACUCUUCCAAAAAACUUUAUAGCUAUCCACUGUAUAUAAAAUCAUGUAAAACAACCGAAGUAUCACAUAAUGAUUCCGACGUUUCGUAACUGUAAUGUAAAAAAAGAAAGGUAUCAAAUAUCAUUUCGAAAGUUGAUAUUUGUAAAUAAUAUGCAAAUUUAAUAACGAGAAUUAAAAGGAAAAAUACUCUAUAUGUAUAUAUCUACUAUAAAAACUAUACGACUAUAUUUGCCAAUAAUUGAACAUAAACCAUAAUAAAGCAACAUACUACUGAAUUUUAAACAUCUAUACGUACAGUGUUACUGUAUAUUUUGUUUACAUUAAUUACCUUGUAUUCUUAUCAUGUUGCUGUAUUAAGACAACUGACAAAUAUUUUAAGAUUUCAAAUUGCCGUUUCAUUGAAUAAUUUUGAUCAUUUUUGUAUAAUGGGCAACCAGCUGUUCUUAGUUUAUUGUAGUUGUGUCUCGUAUAAUUGUUCUUUUGUUCAGGUAUUAUAAAUCCGCUCAGAAUAAUUUUUGCUACUAGACGACACAACGGUGUUUAUAUAUUUACGUAAUAGAAAGACGGAUAUCGUUUUUAGAAUUGUAGAUUUUCAUUUGCACUGGAUCAACAGCACUUUGUAUUUUUGACGUUCUUGGGCACUAUCGAUGCAUAUUUGCUGUUCAUUCACAUUUUCAAACUUGAGUAUGAAAACAACUUAAACACAGUUCGUUGUAUAUGUAGUCUUUCGAACGAGACUAUGUUGACUCCAUUAGGGAAAUAGCGUUAUAGUAACAGCGUUAUAUCAUUGCUCUCACAUUGGCGUACUGGCAUUUCAAUUGUCAAGUGGUACAACGGUUAGCAUAUUUUGCUGAUAACUGAACACAUCUUCAACAUCGCUUACCAUCCUGUCUUGCGUGUCUAUGUAAACAACGUCUGGCUGAUGGUUGGGUGUACUGAAGAUUGGAUUGUGAACAUCCGGGUAAGAGCUGACCAUGCAGGUUUGGAUGACGUCAUGUCGAGUCUUGUCUGGUUUGACAGACAUGGUCAAGUUGCGCCUGCGUAAAAAGGGAAAAUGAUACAAAAUUGCUUGAAGGUAAUAUUGACUUGGUAUGGUUCUGGACCCAUGAUUCGUAAAGCAAAAUGUGAAAAAAUGCGUUUCAGUCACCCUUUUCCAGUACAAUUCUAAAGGCAUGUUUCUUUGACUUUCUUGGACUUUCAGACUGCACUGCACUUAUACUAUAAGUGCGUGGCAUCAUUUUAACUCAAUUUAAUCCAGAUACAUAUUUUGUUUUCAUAAAUGAUUUGUUUCCAUAUAAUUAUGAGUAAGAAGAAAGAGUAUGGGCCGGCUGUUUUAUCUGCAGAUUUUUAGAGAACAGCAAGACAUAAACAACAAACAUAAAACAGACAGACACGCAAACAAAAGGACAGACGAACAUCAUGACACACUGACACAAAAUACAGAAGAUAGAUAAGAGAGAAUAAAAUUUUAUAAAUAGCAUAAUAUC